GGAUUGGAAAGCAAUGGAAAUGGAGUCCACUCUCAAGGAAUAUUAUGGGUUUUCGACAUUUCGACCGUAUCAGAAGGAGAUAAUUGAGAAGAUUUUGGGGGGAAGAGAUAGCUUGGUUGUUAUGGCUACUGGUAGCGGCAAGUCUCUAUGCUAUCAGGUCCCUCCAUUGAUUGCAAAAAAGACUGCUAUAGUUAUAAGCCCACUUAUUUCUUUGAUGCAAGAUCAGGUGAUGGCUUUGAAACAGAGGGGUAUUAAAGCUGAGCAUCUCUCUACUGCCCAGACCAACUUAAGUGCACAAAGGAAUGCUGAAAAUGGUGAAUAUGACAUUCUGUAUAUGACUCCAGAGAAGGCAUGUUUUGUUCCUAACAGCUUCUGGUCGAGGUUGCUUACCACAGGAAUUUGCCUAGUGGCAGUUGAUGAAGCACACUGCAUCUCGGAGUGGGGCCAUGAUUUUCGGGUGGAGUACAAACAAUUAUACAAGCUGCGAGAUGUUUUGUUAGAUGUUCCAUUUGUUGGAUUGACAGCAACAGCUACAGAAAAGGUUCGAAAUGAUAUAGUUGAUUCGCUUAGGAUGAAAGACCCUCAUGUUGCUAUUGGAUCAUUCGAUCGUAAAAACCUCUACUAUGGUGUGAAAUCUAUUAACCGUGGGUCUUCAUUUGUGGAUGAGCUAGUGGCACAAAUUUCUAAACAUGUAGCAAAUGCUGGAUCAACUAUUGUAUACUGUACGACCAUCAAAGAUGUCCAAGAGAUUACCAAAUCACUUUGUGAGGUCGGAAUCAAGGCUGGAAUGUAUCAUGGUCAAAUGUCUAACAAGGCUCGUGAAGAGUCACACAGAUCUUUUAUAAGGGAUGAGCUCCAGGUCAUGGUUGCAACUAUUGCUUUUGGAAUGGGUAUUGAUAAGCCGGACAUAAGACACGUUAUCCACUAUGGAUGCCCCAAGAGUUUGGAGUCCUAUUAUCAAGAAAGUGGACGAUGUGGUCGAGAUGGUAUCACUUCUGAUUGCUGGCUCUACUUUUCAAGAAGUGACUUUGGAAAAGCUGAAUUCUAUUGUGGAGAAGCAAGCUCAGUAAACCAGAAGAAAGCUAUUAUGGAUUCAUUUAUGGCUGCUCAACGAUAUUGCAUGAAGGCAACUUGCAGAAGAAAAUUAUUGCUGGAGUACUUUGGGGAAACAUUUGCAUCUAAUAAAUGUGGAAAUUGUGAUAAUUGCACCGACUCUAAGGAGGAGAGUGAUAUUUCUAGAGAAGCAUUUCUGCUGAUGGGUUGCAUCCAGUCAUGUGGUGGUUACUGGGGCCUUAACUUGCCUAUAGAUGUUCUUCGAGGUUCUCGUGCCAAGAAGAUUACUGAAAACCAGUUUGACAAUCUCCCAUACCAUGGACUUGGAAAAGAUUUUUCAGCAAAUUGGUGGAAGAUGCUGGGUUUUCAACUAAUUUCUUUUGGUAUGCAACAAAUUCUUUGUACUAAAAUCUACUCUAAACCACCAUGGCGACACCUAUUUGCUCGGCUCGGGCUUUUUGGGCCCGACCCAGGCUUUGUGGUUGAAAGAGGGCCCGAUCGGGCCUUUUCAGGCCGGGCUUUUUCGGGAUUAACCAGUCAUUGA